CCCUCUGUCGCCUGCGAGCAGAGCCAUGCCGUGCAGUUCAGUAUUAGUAGACUGUUCGCGGUCAUACACAGUGCAAGUGCAGUGAUAUUAUGACAGUGUAUUUUGCAAUAUAUAAAAUUUAUUUUUAAAAUAAAUACAGUGUUAUGUAGAAGUGAUAUUGCAGUGUUAUAUUUUGAUUAUAAGAAAGAUAGAGAAAAUAUAUAUUUGGGAGUUAGAGAAUAAAUAAUUGAAGAAAAAAAAAGAGGAGAUACUGACGAAUCAAAAUGGUGGUUUUUUGUAUAAUAAUUGAAUUAUCGAAAAGGGAAGAAAUAAUUCGUUAGCAGUCUGGAGGUGGUAAAGGGGCGGUGGUGGUGGAGUUGGGGGCGGCAGCACAGGCAGAGGCACCGGCUCCGGGGGCUGGCGGGGUUUCGGGGCCCCAUCAUGGCCUGCUGGCUGCUUGCCUCCUGGAGUGCCCUCACAUGGAUUGCAUCAGCCACGGGUCAGGAACUCAGUAUUGACCGUAUCGAUCUUCUGGAGUCCCUACACCUUCACAACACCAGCCACCAGGGAGUUACCGAGACGCCUGGCCCCCAACGCCUCAAACCUGCCUACAGUCUGCAGGGCGAUCGCCGUGACUUGAGACUGAACCCGAAGGUUUACGAAAAAGCCGUAGGGUUACUGAGGAACAAUUCAGAGUUCACCGUGGCGGCUUCCCUGCGUCAGGAAGAAUCCAAUGUUGGCACCAUCGUGUCUUUUGCCCAUGGCACUAACAGGUACCUGGAACUGCAGUCAAGCGGCCGUAAGGAUGAGAUCAGGUUUCAUUACAAAGUACAGCAAGAAGUGACAGCGAAGAUGGAGACCUUUCCUUUCCGCCUGGCAGACAAUGAGUGGCACAAAGUAGCGGUGUCGGUGAGUGGAGCCCAAGUGGAGCUGCUGGUAGACUGUCAUCCGCUCUAUCGGAGGAUAAUUCGGCCGCUGGACCGGAACUUCACAGUACCGCAGUUAGGGCUCUGGGUCGGUCAACGCAGCAGAGGGCACUCCUACUUCAAGGGUGCAUUGCAGGAGGUUCAUCUCAUCUCAGGCCCUCAUGGCUACUUAACCCAGUGUCCACAUCUAAGCUCAACUUGCCCCACCUGUGGACAGUUUUCACUGCUGCAGAACACUGUGGAACAACUCACAAAGCACUUACAUGAACUGUCAGAGAGGCUGGUAGCAGCAGAGGGAAGGAUAAGUCGUGUAGAAGAGUGUGACUGCCAGAAGUCCUGUCGAGUGAAUGGUUCAGUACAUCCAGAUGGUGCAACAUGGCAGCGAGGGUGUGAUAUCUGUGCAUGUGUGCAUGGUGAAAUCCAAUGUCGGCCUGUGCAGUGCCCCAACAUAAGGUGCAAGAACCCUGUGAUUAAUCCUGGAGAGUGCUGCCCAAGUUGCCUUAAGCAGUGCUACCUGAGUGGAGUGAUGUACGACCAUGGGGAAUCUGUAAACCCAAAGGAGUGCAUUGAGUGUGAAUGUCUUGAUGGUUUAAUGAAAUGUAAGCGCAUUGAUCCUGAAACUAUGUGCCCACCACUAUCAUGCAGCCCACAAGAACAAUUUAGCGUGCCUGGCAAUUGCUGCAAGUUCUGCAAAGGGGUUGACUACUGUAUUCUGGGUCACAUGUGCCACAUGAAUGCAACCUGCCUCAACUUACAGACUACAUAUGCUUGUCAAUGCAAUGCAGGCUUCUUUGGAGAUGGUCACUUCUGCCAUGAUGUCGAUGAAUGUCAGCAAGAGGGUGGUCUUGAGGGGCAUCACUGUCACAGCAAUACACGGUGUGUUAAUACUAAUGGCUCCUAUAUCUGUGAGUGCCUCCCCGGUUAUCGCCGACUUGAUAAGUUCAACUGUGUGGAACUGGAUGAGUGCAGUACUGGAGAACACUCCUGUCACCGACAUGCAGAUUGUGUCAACACACUUGGCAGUUACCAUUGCAAGUGUCAAGAAGGCUAUGAGGGUGAUGGAUAUGAUUGCAAGCCUGUGUGCAACCAGACCUGUUUAAAUAGUGGUGAAUGUCUUUCUCCUGGGAACUGUACUUGUCGAAAAGGUUAUGUAGGACCUAGUUGUGAAUUGGAUCUGGAUGAGUGUGUAUCAAACCUCCACCGAUGUCACAAAAAUUCUGUUUGCGUAAAUAUGCCUGGUUGGUACUACUGUCGUUGCAAACCUGGGUACAGAAGCAUUCUCCAUGAUGACAACCAUGGACCUAUAUGCCAAGAUAUCGAUGAGUGUCAGGAGGGCACUCACACAUGUCACCCAUCAGCUCGCUGCAUUAACACUGAAGGAGGCUUCCAGUGUACCUGCCCUGCAGACAGGGGACCAGACUGCAAGCUCAGUUGCAUGUUUGAAGGCACAGAAGUGAUCAAUGGGCUAACAGUCAGUCCUGCAGGACAACCAUGUCGGCGGUGUGAGUGCUCAUCAGGUGUGAUCUCAUGCAGAGAUCCCACAUGUGACUGUUCAGUACGUGGAGGAAGUGCUUCUGACAAAUGUUGCCCCCAGUGUGACCCGAGUGCAGCAUGCACACACCAAGAAUUAAAGCACGUGGUAUUCCGCAGUGGUGAUAGAUGGAUCUACCAGUGCCAGACUUGCGAAUGUCUGUAUGGUGAGAUUGACUGCUGGGCAAUGGAAUGUCCACCACUGACGUGCAGCAGUCCAGUGCUGAAUCCAGGAGACUGCUGUCCUCGAUGUGAGGACGAUCCAUGUGGGCUUGACGGUACUAACACAAGCCUAAAUUCUGCAGAUGGUGGGAAGCCUUGUACAUAUCUGGGUCACCUGUAUGAGUCGGGAAGCCAGUGGAAGGACCCAUAUGAUAAGUGCACAGCCUGCAACUGCAAAGUGCCGUACUGCGCCCAAUUGGAUGGACGUCUUUGCUGCAAUUAUGACUUCCGUUGCUCUGCUUUUUUUGGCCAACCCCUUAGUAUCACCACUGUCUCUGAUGGCAGCAGGGUUGGAAAUGUUGAUGAAUCUCAUCAGAGUGUUGCUGGGCUUAGUCACACGGGAGGAAAUGUCAGUCAGAUUGGCCCACCGCAAACACAUAUUCGAGAGGCUAAUGUUAGUGUUGUCACAACUGAUGGUGCUACCAACAUUAACACAGCUGGUAGCAAGGACUUCUCCAAGUUCAAAAGUGUUGGUGGUCAAGGUGAUGAAAAUACUCAUCAAUAUACUGAAAACAAUGGCACUCUGCCACUGUUUGUUAAUAGUGCCACAGCACUCAAUAACACUGUUGUUACUGUCAGUAAUGGAUGUACUACAGAUGUUGUGUAUACUAGUCAAAACUCUUCUCCUAGGAUCGAUAUUAGUGAUCAUGGUACUGAAAAGUAUGUUAAUGAGACUGAAAAAUCAGGUGUACAGAAGACUAACACAACAAAUGUCAAGAAUAUUGGCAAUCAAAAUAACUGCAGCAACGAAGGUGGAAGAUCAGCUGACACCAAUACCCAUGUGCAAAAGCGUGAAGCGAUAAUGAAAGAAGUCUCAGAGUUUAUUUACUUGACUGAAGAGGAGGUGGUGGUCGAUGAAAGAAAUGCAAAUGAUGCUCAUGUCGAAAGACAAGGAGGUGCAGAAGAGUGAAGAGAACUUCAGAGGACAUCCCAUGAUAGGAAAAUGAUGUUUCUUCAGGAUGGAAGGUGCUUAUUGGGUUGAGGUCACAAGCAGCUGGGUUUUGCUAUGUGAAAGAGUAUGUAUGACAAGCAAAUUUUGCCAUCACUGUGGCUUCCUGUAUUGCUUUUCCAUUUGGAUUUGAGGCUAAUUCCCUAUAUUGUAAAAUUGACUUCAUAUUUGUGAAAGUAUCUGAAAUAUGCAACAGGGUUGGCAUAAAUUUAAGGAACUGUACAUUACAGUUCUUUGUUCAUUACUGUUCAUUAAUUAUAAGACCCUAUUGUUUGUCAAAUUUCUGUCAUGAUUGAGAAAAUUUUGAGGAUGAGCAAAUGGAAUUUGUGGCCUCCAAGAAAAAUCAACGAAUUAUUGUGUUUCAUUUCAAGGGACCGCACAAUAGAGAAAGGGAAGUUAAACUAUAAUGCAUACAUAUAAUAAUAUGAUUUUGUUUAGAGUGAAUGACAGAAAAGGGGUGACUGUUGUUUCAGUACACAACAAUAGAAAAGUGGUAUGAAAUGACUGAGGCAUUCCAAACUUGGGAUAGAGACAAAAGAUUCCAAAUGUUAGAAAAGGAUAUAGAAUUCAAGCAGAAAGUGGUCAUGUGCACUCAGUGACAUGGUAUGGAAAUGAGAGGAAUUGGGAUUGAUAUUAAACAUUCCUGGAAAUUAAAUAUCAGCAAGUAAAUAAUAUAAAAAUAUGUGCACUUAGAAAUUCAGAGAAUAAACGAACGUACAUAAAUGGGCAAUAAUAGACUGUUCACAUCCAAAAUAUCUCAAAUAUUGAGAAGGAGAUGGAGAAACACUGAAUCCAGCAAAAUGGCGGUAGGUUACUGGACUAGGUAUAAAAAAAACCAGUGUUGUUGCAAUAGGGUAUAGUACACAUGGCUUAAAAGCAAGGGUUUCUGGGAUGAUCAACUGUGACAGUGAAGUAUAUGUUGCCAAUAAUGAAGUGGAUAAAGGAAGACCCUGCUUUUGAACCAUUACUUGCACUUGACAAAUCCGAAGUGUCUUCCUGUGGUGGCAUGGAUGAGGGUGAUGGUGUAACUGUGAAAACAACAUCUUUCUUUUUCUCACUUGGCAAUAGGAUGGGAAACACUAGUACAAAAACAUGGAACUUUAUUUAAUUCCGUCAGUCACUGGGAUAAAUCAAAAAUGUAUUCUGUAGUUCUCAGUAUAACUUCAUAAUAUCAAUGCAAAACAGCUAUUGUAGUUAUCAGUGAUAACUAAUUUGUAGACAGAGAAGAGUCUACUUGUAACAAACAGAAAUACAAUUUCAGUAUUCCUGAAUCUGCUAUUAGUCUUCCACAUUACAAAUGAGCGUUAUAGGUCCUUAGUUUUACUUCUAACUCCUUAGUCCUUCCUUCUACUUCAAUUAUAGCAUGUUGGGUUGAUAAAUAUUUAUUGCUUUUAUUAAAAGGAUGAUUAUUAAUGUGACAUGUUGAACAAUGGAGGACAACCCCUCCCUACCCAGCAGUGACAUGGCAACUCUGGCCACAGUGACGUGGUGGAUGAGUCAGCGCUCCGUCUCCCCCACCGCGGUGACGCAACACGCAGCGCAGCUGUGACACGGGUAACAGCCAACAGCGGUACCGAUUGCAUAACAGGCGGGCGCUGCGUGUUACGUCACCGUGCGGAGGGUGGUGACGGAGCGCUGACUCACCUGCCACGUCACUGCUGGGUAGGAGGGGUUCUCCGUUGCGCAACAUGUCACAUUAAUUUGAAACUAUGUAACAGAAGAAAUAUUGCCACCAAUACACAUACAAUAUUAAAUAAUUUAGUUAAACAAUAAACACUGUUCCUUCCCAAAUUAUUUUCAUAAUAUCAGUUCUCCUAACCCAUCUUCUUCACUGAAAUGAGUUUCAGUUCUUCUUACAUUGCAUCUCCAAAUAUUGUUAUAAUGAACGGUUCAGUACUGUUAUCUCUUAGUCCCUCUUUCUCUAAAUUGUCUGCUUGAAGAUUUUCAGCAUAUUGUGCAAAAUUUUUGAAAAAUUUCGCUGUAAUUCUGUCCAUGCUUCUUUCAGUGAGUUUUCCACAUGCACGGUUUUAAACAUGUUAGUUCUUCCUGCAGCCCGAUAUUUCACUGGAGCCCAAAGGAGUUCUGUAGCACAAUCCUUCCUUCUUUCCCCUUGGCUCUACAGCUCAGGGUGAGCUUUGGCCUCCUGAAUAAUCAGCCUCAAUUCCUGCCUAUUAUUUAUUUCUUGAGAUGAUGAAACAUCGAAUGAUAGAGUGAAGAAUUGAGAACCGUGUGGAUGGAAUAGUUCAUGGCCCACUGAUUUCUGCUCACUGAUUUCCCUCCAUCCAUUCGAGGCUGAUUAUCUGGUUUCUAAACAAUUUAUUUUUUACAGGAUGAGGUUGUUAGCCUCAUGCCCAACCCCUGACAAAGAGGACCAGGGUAUCACUCUUCAUCUGGCUCCUUCCCCUUGACCUGUCUGGCAUGCCCCUACCAGUAACUAUACUACCGUUGGCAUAGCUCUCAAGAUCUCGGAAGCACUCAAACCCCAUCACUACGAUAACAUGGAUACACCAUUGGUGGGGUCUGUAGCACAAUGCUGAUAGUAAAAUGGUAAAAGUCCAGGAAUUACAGACACCUGAUCCUGUUAAUAUACUCUGUAUUCCCUUUAUGCACAUUAACAUUUUGCAACAAUAUGAUGAGAGAAGUUGUUGUUGAGGAUUUCUCAUCAAAUCAUUUUAUUAUACCCAUUUUGAAGCUGUAUUAUGAUGUAAUUCCUUUUUGCUAAGAACGGGAUAAAAACUGUGUUAUAUAUUAUAAUAUUCAUUCCUCUUCCCACGUUUGCAAAGGGUUAAUCAGUAAAAGAAAGGUAAAGCUAUCCCUGUAACAGGCCAUAGAGGCCCAUAGGGUUGUGA